AUGGUUCAAACACGACCAUCUGUUAUCUUAUCAGAAUUCUCAAAAUUCAUCAAUAAAGACUAUCCAUUUGAUGAUGAUACGUUCUCAAACUUCAAUGACAUUCAAGAAUACUGGAAGUUUAUGACAGGAGCAACAAAAGAAUUAAGCUUCUCCGAAAGUGUUGAAAUCCCUUCUGAAGAAAUAGACAUAAUCAUUGAUGAAAGUGAAGAGAUAACCAUCAUGAAUAAUAGUAACGAAUAUGAAGACUUUAUGGCUGAAAAUACAAAAACUCUUGCGUUCGAAAGUCAGACGCCUGAUGAUUUGUUAAUGUAUCAUCCUGCAGAUAAUCCUGCGGAAAAGUGA